GGUAUAGAAAAAAUAUUCCCUAACACCCGACAUCGGUGGUGCAUAUGGCAUAUUAUGAAAAAGUUGCCUGAAAUUGAAUGGGUACAACGCCUACGAGAAAAUUAGGGUGUGUAUGCGUAAGGUUGUUUAUGAUUCACUAACAAUAAAACAAUUUGAAGAUACUUGGGAUAUAUUCAUCAAAAAGUAUGAGCUUCAAAGUAAUACAUGGUUACAGGGGUUGUAUCUGGAAAGGAAACGAUGGAUGCCUGCUUAUUUGAAAGAUAUGUUUUGGGCGGGGAUGUCAUCCACCCAAAGAAGCGAGAGUAUGAAUGCAUAUUUCAAUUGUUACAUUCAUAAAAAGACGACCUUGAAACAGUUUGUGGAGAAGUAUGAAAAUGCUUUGGCGAAUAAGGUAGAGAGUAAAAAUGAACUAGAUGCGAAAAGUCUCCACACUUACAUCCCGUUACUAACUGAAGAUGAGUUGGAGAAGCAAUUUCAAAGUGCUUACACGAAUUCAAAAUUUCAGGAGUUUCAAAAGCAGUUUUUCGGGAAACUUGACUGUUUGUGUUCAAAGACAAAAGAAUGUGGUAUUAUGUCCGAAUAUGAGGUACAAGAGUGGAUUACAUUUGGAGAAGAAGAAGAGAAAAAGAGGAAACAAGUGUCAUUUACUGUCGAUUUUAAUUCUGAAACCAAUGAAACACAUUGUAAUUGUCGAUUGUUUGAUUUUAGAGGAAUGGUGUGCACACACCAAUUGAUGGUGUGGUUUCAAAGGGGAAUUCAAAAAGUGCCUGACAAGUAUGUGUUGAAAAGAUGGUGCAAAAAUGUGAAAAGGGUACACACUAAAGUUCGGAUAUGUUACGAUAAGUUGUCAACGUCAAUUGAAGCGCAUCGGCAUGACAAUAUGUGCAAUCUCUUUAAUGAGGUUGCUGAUUUAGCAAAAGCAUCUCAAGAGAAGUACGAUAUGGUGAUGACACGGGUACGCGAACUAAAACGAGAGUUGAUGGACGUUUCGGUUAAUUGUGAAAGUAAUGUGGGUUUCAAAACUCCUAAUGAUUCAUUUUCACUUGGAGAUGAGGUUAUUAAAACCAAACAGAGUACGAACAUACUUGACCCCGAAGGUCUUCGUCGAAAAGGGAGACCGCCGUGUAAAAGGAUGCAAGGUGUUGUGGAAAAAGCUGUUAAGAAGAAAAUAGAAAAGAAGAAGACGACAUUGCCCAGGGAAAAAGCUAAGGAGGUUGAGGAGAUUGUGGUUGACCAUGUGUUUGGGACACAAGAGAGUGUUGUCAAUUUAAAUAGUCAUCAAAGCUACAUGGGGCAAUCAAUGUGGCCAAACUUGAUGCCCCAUAAUAUGCAACCGAAUAUGGCACAAGGUGGAAGCAUCUUCCAAUUUUCUCCAAGUUCAUGCCCAACUGGAACAGGCUUCAACCAAUUCAUGUAUAUGUUUCCAAGUUCACAAACAAACAUGCCAUCCUUAUUCAAUAGUCAUGAUUGGAGAGGGCACUCAAAUAUUACAAGCAGACAAGUUUGGGGAGGAGGGCAAUUAAGUUUUUUGAAGACUCAAGAGCAAUGUGUUGGAGGACCACCGCAAAGUUUUAUGGAAAUGCUGAAUGCAUCAGAUAAUGCUGAAGAGUAAUUUAGUUUAGUUGAUUAUAGGUGUUUGACUAUUUGUAUCGUGUCGUGUCGUAUCGUGUCUGUAU